AUGGCUAACAAUGCGGACAAUGAAGUGAAGAGCGGGAAUGUCUCGGAUGUGAUCAACGCUCACAUCUUCGCAUUCAAUAGAUUCAAUUCAUUGGUUUUAUUGAAUAUUGAGAAGCAAUUGAGUAAAAGAGACGACAAUAUCGGCAAUGAAUCGCUUAUUGAAGACAUUAUGAGAAAUGGCUUUGUUUUCGCCACUCAGAAGAAGAGGCGAACCGUUGAGCGAAGACUUGAGCGCCGCUUCGGUUUAGAUAAAUAUCCGGACACUUCUCCCAUCAUAAGAGCCAAACAAAACCUGAUUCCGUGCGACCGUUGCGGACAAUACCAUGAAUUUCACACCAUUUGCGCCAAUUGUUACAAACGAGUGAAAGAAGAAUCAAAUCUGAUUAUCGAAGAAAUGAAGAAACGAUUGCAUUAUUCGGAACCAAUCGAAGAAGAGGUUACCAUUCGUUACAAGAAUGACAGUAAAAGCGAGGCUGAGAUGACUGGGAGACGAGUGGUCGAAAUGGAUCGCCAAAGACCCGAAUGGUUUGCCGAUAACCUGUUGUCUAAAAGUGUUGGCAAUAAAUGGAUUGAAAGCAAUCCUAUUGUUAGAGAAGACGACCCAAAAAUUAUAACAAAAGAUUAAUUCAUUUUAUUUAAUAUCAGUUUUUGUUUACAAUUCAAAGAAUAAAAUUUUUUGAAUUAAAUAAAUGUUUUUUAUAUUAAUAUAAUAUUAAAAUGCAAUUAUAAUUAGAUAUCUGUUUAAAGGCCCC